UUGCCUUGUUGUUGUGCCGUGCUUGUGUCUUACAGUGAGGCUCGGAUGCUCUUUGUUUCCUGUCUCUCUCUCGCUCACUUGACGCAGCUGCUCCACACGGCUGCGCAUCCCUGGACGGAGCUGUCAGGAAAACUCCCCGGAGCAGGCGGCGCGCUGAUAGGUUUCGGGGGAACAAGCCUCCAAGUGAACACGGUGAAACAGAGAACUGAAGAGCCAAAGCUGGUGGGGGGACGUGAGGCUCGAUCUUUGUCCGGGGACGACAGGAGAAACCGAGUCUUUGUGUUUUUUUGUUUUUUUGCAGGACUUGUUUUUGGAGUUUUGCUGUGAUUUAUGUACACUUUCUACACUGCAGACGUGAUCAGGAGUCAGAACUGAUGCUUUUGGAGUAUUUCUCCUAAAAACUGCUGAUUUUACUGCAGACCCGAGAAGAACCUUUUGUACUUUCUGGUCUGGUGUGUGUACAGACUCACGUAGUCAUAGCGAAACCUCUGCAGGAGCUGUUCCUGCUGCAGAAGUGAGCACGGGGGUUUAUAGUGGAUGUGUGGAUCUCAUUGGUCUCGUUUCAUUACGCACAACUCAGUUCAAUUCAAAACACCUUUCCUUUCCUUGCUGCCGUCCCCAUCCUGCAAGGACUAUGUUGAUGAAGGAGUACCGCAUCUGCAUGCCUCUCACAGUGGAGGAGUACCGGAUUGGCCAGCUGUAUAUGAUCAGUAAACACAGUCAUGAACAGAGUGAACGUGGGGAAGGGGUGGAGGUGGUCCAGAAUGAGCCGUACGAGGACCCCGAGCACGGAUCAGGCCAGUUCACAGAGAAACGAAUCUACCUCAACAACAAGCUGCCCAGUUGGGCCAGAGCUGUGGUCCCUAAAAUUUUCUACAUCACAGAGAAGGCUUGGAACUAUUACCCGUACACAAUCACAGAGUACACGUGUUCCUUCCUGCCCAAGUUUUCCAUCCACAUAGAGACCAAAUAUGAGGACAACAAAGGGAGCAAUGAUAAUAUCUUUGGCAGUGAGCCCAGAGAAGAGGAAACAGAGGUUUGGGUUGUGGACAUCGCCUAUGAUGAGAUCCCCGAGCGGCACUACAAGGAGUCAGAGGACCUGCGGUAUUUCAAGUCAAAGAAGACUAACCGAGGCAUCCUGCAGGAAGGAUGGAUCAACAACCAAGACCCCAUCAUGUGCUCCUACAAACUGGUCACAGUCAAGUUUGAAGUCUGGGGCCUGCAAACACGUGUGGAACAGUUUGUACACAAGGUGAUUCGAGAUGUCCUGCUUUUAGGACACAGGCAGGCCUUUGCGUGGGUGGAUGAGUGGAUCGACAUGACCAUGGAGGAAGUCAGAGAGUACGAGCGUGCGACACAGGAAGCCACUAACCUGAAGAUUGGCACCUUCCCCCCGGCCAUCUCUAUCUCAGAGACGCCCCUGCCAUCCAGCACCCGCAGCGGCCCCAACAGCGCCCCAUCCACUCCCCUCUCUACAGAAGCCCCAGAGUUCCUGUCAGUGCCAAAAGAGCGUCCCAGGAAGAAGUCAGCUCCGGAGACCUUGACCCUGCCGGAUCCAGGCCGCAGGGAUUCAAUCUUCAAACUGCCCAGCUUUUUCUCCUGGAACUCCAGUCCACAGCCAGAAUGAGAGCAGCACCGUGCCACUGGUGAACGCCCUCGACCUGUGGAUCAGUGGAGGAUGCCUGCCCUGCACAUCCAACAAUGCCCCCUCAGCCAGCUGAAGUGAAGGAGACUUUUCAAAGUCACGGUGAUCCCAGCCCCUUCAGCAGACCCGCCGGUGUUACAGCAAAGCCAACAGCUCUCAGACUGCCUUCACAGGUACAGACAGGCAGCCUGACCUCCACAGCAAAAAAGUCCUGCAAGGUGUAAAGGUGUAGUCUUUCCCUCUAAGAGUCUAAAAAAAGCAGCUGGAGGUUCCUCAUUAUUCUCUUCUUCUUAAACAGCACCAUGCAUCAGACAGUAUGAGGCCCAAUUAGUCAGACUGAGUGUAGUGUACAUUCCUGAAAAUAUUUGAUCCCACAGAGCAUCACCUUACUUUCAUCCAAGCUCAGGGUGUGUUGAUUUUCAGUCACUGCACAUAAACUUUACAUGUACAGCAUUUGUUUAUCUCUGCUUUACCUUACCUCCACACUCACGCUUUGGUAACUGGAGCUCGUGGUUUGACGUAAUGUUUUAUGUGGUCGGGACUUUUUGACAGAUUCAUGUUGGCCGCUGUAUCAGUUGAAUAUUAUGAUUUUUACAGUCAGGUGUAAGGUGAUUGUGUAUUCUUGUAUAUACUGUGUUUAACAGCUACAACGUCUUCAAGUAAUUCAAAAAGAAUAUCAUAUCCAGUGAUGACGCUGCUAUGAAAUUGCUCUUGUGUAUUUUAAAGUACGGGACUUUCUGACUACUUCAAGUGUUUGUUUAUUAAAGUGAGUUCUGUAAAUUACUUCUGUAUUUGCAUGAUUUUGACUCCAGAGGCUGCAUUUAAAAUAUUUGUGAAUAGAAAUAUGUUCUCUUUGUUAUCUCGGCCUUAUACUUGAUGUUGUGUUUUUACAGACUGGUCUUGUGGUUUGCAUGUUUUUCUCUGCUUGUUUCAACUGUAUUCAUUUUUUAGUCAUACUGUUGAUGGUUUUU